CCCAACAUGGCUGCGCCGUGCCCCGGCGCCUUGCACGGCCGCUGAGCGCAGUCGGGGCGGCGGCGGUGGGGCCAUCAUGCAGAAGAUCAAGUCGCUGAUGACCCGCCAGGGUCUAAGAAGUCCUCAGGAGAGUGUUAAUGACCUCAGUCCUAUUGAAAACUUACGGAUUCCUACUAAGGAGGAGCUCAGAGAACUACAUGAAGAACCACCUGAUCCUCAGGCACAACAGGAAAUAAUUAACAGCAUUGAAGAAGUUUAUUUUUCCAAUGACUCCUUUGAUAUUGUGAAGUAUGAGUUAGAGAGGCUUCCUCCAGUACUUAGUCUUCAAGAACUGGAAGAGUACAGAGACAAACUAAAACAACAGCAAGCUGCUGUAUCUAAGAAAGUUGCAGAUUUAAUCCUUGAAAAACAGCCUGCAUAUGUUGAGGAGCUUGAACGUGUUACAUCAUUGCAGAGUGGCCUUCAGCUGGCAGCAGUUAUUUGCACAAAUGGAAGAAGACACCUGAAUAUAGCAAAGGAAGGGUUCACACAAACUAGUUUGGGGCUCCUUGCAAAUCAGAGGAAACGACAGCUGCUUAUUGGACUGCUAAAAUCUCUGAGAACAAUAAAAACACUGCAAAGAACUGAUGUGCGUUUGAGUGAGAUGUUGGAGGAGGAGGAUUAUCCAGGAGCUAUUCAACUAUGCUUGGAAUGCCAGAAAGCUGCCAGCACUUUCAAACACUACAGUUGUAUAAGUGAGUUAAAUUCAAAACUGCAAGACACCUUGGAACAAAUAGAGGAACAAUUGGACGUAGCACUUUCCAAAAUAUGCAAGAAUUUUGAUAUCAAUCAUUAUACAAAGGUUCAGCAGGCUUACAGGCUACUUGGAAAAACACAGACAGCAAUGGACCAGUUACAUAUGCACUUCACCCAAGCCAUUCACAACACUGUGUUUCAAGUAGUACUUGGAUAUGUGGAGCUGUGUGCAGGAAACACAGACACCAAGUUCCAGAAGUUACAGUACAAAGACCUCUGUACACACAUCACAUCAGACAGCUACAUUCCAUGCCUUGCUGAUCUCUGCAAAGCCCUCUGGGAAGUCAUGCUCAGUUACUACCGAACGAUGCAGUGGCAUGAGAACCAUGACCAAGAUGAGGCAGCGGUUGUAUCUUCUGUUUCAGAUGGCAACAAUGUGAUUGGAACUGAAGAGAACAGUUUUGAUCGCAACUAUGUAAAAAAGAAAUUGGAGCAUGGGCUUUCACGAAUAUGGCAGGAUGUUCAAUUGAAAGUGAAAACAUAUCUUCUGGGAACAGAUUUGUCUAACUUCAAAUAUGAUGACUUCAUAUUUGUACUUGAUGUUAUCAGCAGGCUGAUGCAGGUUGGAGAAGAAUUUUGUGGCAGUAAGUCUGAAGUUUUGCAAGAAUCUAUCAGAAAACAAAGUGUUAACUAUUUCAAAACAUACCACAGAACCCGUCUUGAGGAACUAAGAAUGUUUUUGGAGAAUGAGACCUGGGAACUUUGUCCUGUUAAAUCAAGCUUUAGUAUUUUGCAGCUUCACGAAUUUAAGUUCCUGGAGCAGUCGCGUUCCCCGUCGGUGUCGCCGAGCAAGCAGCCUGCCUCUGCGGCUUCAUCGGCCGUGACACUGUUCGAGCAGUACUGCGCCACGGGAAACCCCUUCGAAAUCCAGGCCGACAGCAAGGAUGAUGAGACAGAGGAUGUGCUAGCUUCCAAUGGGUAUGAAUCAGAUGAACAAGAAAAAAGUGCAUAUCAAGAGUAUGACAGUGACAGUGAUGUUCCUGAAGAGUUGAAAAGAGAUUAUGUGGAUGAGCAGACAGGAGAUGCCCCAAUUAAAAGUGUUUCUCGAGAAACUCUGAGGAGCAGAAAGAGAUCAGAUUAUAACCUCAAUAAAGUGAAUGCACCUAUUCUAACCAACACUACACUGAAUGUAAUAAGGCUUGUUGGGAAAUACAUGCAGAUGAUGAAUAUUCUGAAGCCUAUUGCAUUUGAUGUGAUCCACUUCAUGUCCCAGCUCUUUGAUUACUAUCUGUAUGCAGUCUAUACAUUUUUUGGCCGAAAUGAUAUGUUUGAAUCAACAGGACUGGGCCUCAGCAGCAGCAGAUUACGCACCACACUGAACAGAAUCCAGGAGAGUCUGAUUGAUCUGGAGGUGUCUGCUGAUCCUUCAGGGACUCUCACAGGUGCUGAAGAGAGAAAAGAGAAGGUGCCAAGCCCACAUCUCAGUCAUCUUGUAGUUUUGACAUCUGGCAAUUCACUGUAUGGCUUGGCAGAGAGAGUGGUGGCCACAGAAUCCUUGGUAUUUCUGGCUGAGCAGUUUGAAUUUCUUCAGCCUCAUCUUGAUGCAGUGAUGCCAGCUGCCAAGAAGCCUUUUCUUCAGCAGUUCUAUUCUCAGACAGUGUCAACUGCCAGUGAACUACGUAAACCGGUUUAUUGGAUUGUUGCUGCUAAAGCCAUUGAUUAUGAACAAAUGCUUCUUCUCAUGGCUAAUGUGAAAUGGGAUGUGAAGGAAAUCAUGUCACAGCACAAUGUAUAUGUAGAUGCCCUUUUGAAGGAAUUUGAAGAAUUUAACAGGAGGUUGAAUGAUGUGUCUAAGAGAGUCCGUAUUCCAUUGCCAGUCUCCAACAUCCUUUGGGAGCACUGCAUACGCUUGGCCAAUAGAACUCUUGUGGAAGGUUACGCCAAUGUAAAGAAGUGCAGUAAUGAAGGACGUGCCUUGAUGCAACUGGAUUUUCAACAAUUCUUAAUGAAACUAGAAAAGUUAACAGACAUUAGGCCCAUUCCAGAUAAAGAAUUUGUGGAAACCUACAUUAAAGCAUACUACCUGACAGAAAAUGACAUGGAAUCCUGGAUAAAAGAACAUAGGGAAUAUUCCACUAAGCAGCUGACCAAUCUGGUGAAUAUUUGUCUGGGCACCUACAUCAACAAAAAGGCAAGACAGAAGCUGUUAGCUACCAUUGAUGAAACAGACAGGCCUAAGAGAUAACUGGAGAAAGCUGCUUUCUUUCUGACGUGUGAAGCAUGCAGACAUUUCUCUCAUGGACUAAUGACAACAUUAGAAAUGUUGUGCAUGACCUUUCCUAGCAACAUUGGAGACACUCUGAAGUGAAAUUGGUCUAAAAUAUGACUUUUCUAAUCUGUAGAAUUAUUUUCUGUUGUUUUUCUUUUUUUUUUCUUUUUUUUUUUUUGAUUACUUGCCCUUAGUGAAGGGCCACUGUGUAUCAUUGAUGAGCUAUAUGUUUUACAAAAGUGUAUACUGUAAGUAAAAUCAAAAUCAGAAACACAAUGGUUUAAUAUAUCAUUGAUGCUCUUUUUAAAUAAAAGGGCUACUUGAAAAUAUGAUUUCUUUCCUCCCUGCUUUCACCUCCAGAAAUUGUGCUGUAUUAUAGUUCAGUGUAAAGUGAAAGGAUAUGUAUAAUAAUUUGAUCUAUGUAUCCUGCAUGUGGAUUAAGAGUGCAGACCAACUAAGUACUGUCAUGUUGGAGCCCAUCAUCUUCAUAUGUAUUUAAAAAUGUCUGUUUAUUUCAGAAUUAAUUUAGUCAUAUCAAAAUGAUUGACUUCAGAUUAAUAGAAGAUAAUAAACAUUGUAUGCUAAUACAAUUUGUUUGUGAGACUUUGUUUUUCCAAUUCAGCAAUGCAAAAUGCCCGCAAUAAUGCCAGGGAAUCAGAGUAAUGUUUUUCUGACCGAAGUUUUGGAUUGAUACUAAGAUAGUCUUCCUGUUUCCUGCUUUGCUGUAGCAUCCUGAGUGAUCUUGAGCAAAGUAAAAUGGCUUUAACUGCAUAUGUGCCCUGGAAAUCAAUUUGUCAGAGCAUCACUGACUUCACUGAAAUUUUCUGUUUUACCUUUGGUUUUCAGUAU